AUGUCUGCCAUCCUUAACACCCUUACCAAGGUCGCUAUCCCUGUUGGAGCUGCUGUCUCGUUCUUCCAGUACAGCAUGUAUGAUGUCCAGGGAGGACAUCGUGCUGUCAUUUUCGACAGAUUGGAGGGAGUGAAGCCCAACCCUAUUGGCGAGGGAACCCACUUUUUGGUCCCCUGGUUGCAACGUGCGAUCCAGUUCGAUGUCCGCACUAAGCCCCGCAACAUCUCAACGACGACUGGAUCCAAGGAUAUGCAGAUGGUCACCCUGACCCUCCGUGUCCUUCACCGUCCUGAUGUUAAAAACCUUUCGCAGAUUUACCAAGGAUUGGGCAUGGAUUACGACGAGCGUGUCCUGCCCUCGAUCGGAAAUGAGGUCUUGAAGUCGAUUGUCGCACAGUUCGAUGCUGGUGAGCUGAUCACUCAGCGUGAGCUCGUCUCGUCCAAGAUCCGCGAGGAUCUUGCCAAGCGCGCAAGAGAGUUCCACAUUGAGCUCGAGGAUGUUUCCAUUACUACUAUGACCUUCGGACGUGACUUCACCAACGCUGUUGAGCAGAAGCAGAUUGCCCAGCAAGAGGCCGAGCGCGCCAAGUUCAUCGUCGAGAAGGCUGAGCAGGAGAAGAGCGCCUCGAUUAUUAGAGCUGAGGGUGAAGCCCAUGCUGCCGAGAUCAUUUCCGCAGCACUGGAGAAGGCCGGUGCCGGUCUUAUUGAGCUGCGUCGUAUUGAGGCCUCGAAGGAUAUCGCUGGUACCUUGGCCCAUGCCAAGAAUGUUACUUACCUUCCUAACCAGAAGGGCAACAAUAUGUUGUUGAACCUCCCUGUCUAA